AUGUCUUUUGUAAAAGUUUCUAACUGUGGUAGUUAUGUCUCUAGUGUGAGUGCUCUUGCGCUAGAUAUAUUGGAUGUUUAUACCAAUUCCCCAGUCCAUUCGUUCAAUAUCCAGAGCUUGGUCUACAAUCAUUUUGCAACACAUACAGACAGAAGAAAAGCAUCUUCAUAUAUAAAAAAUAUGUUUGUUACUCAGCUAUCCUGGGAGAAAUUGGCCCCUCAAUCCAAAUCUACCAAAGUGGGAAUAGUUGUGGAAAGUCCGAAUAAUUUCACUCUAUUGAUGGUACUCACUCUCGGUACACUGACUCCAAUCAUAAUACACCAAUCAGCGCUCGAGGGAAUACAUGCGUUUGAGUGGAUUGAUCCCAUACCGAACGACGAAGAAACAGCGGUUUCUGGGUCCAAACAAUUGGUUAUAUUUACAAAACAUAAACUUAUCGCGAGAGUUUAUUCUUUGGAGUGUACUCACCUUCUCUUUGAGUUGCCCAAACCAGUGUACACACAGAUAUUGAGAAGACCAUCAAAUCCUCACUUUUGGAGCUUAUUAGCAACAAGCUCCAGCUCCCACUGCUCCAUAUUGUACCACUUCUACAAUGAGGGACCCAAAAGUCAAUUGCUCUGUAAAUUUCAGAUUCAAUCGUUGGAAGGACUGGAUAUUAGCUGGUCUAAAUCCGGUAAAUGGCUAUUGAACUUUGAUUGUAAUAAUAAUUUGUUUGGAUUCCAACUACAGGUGUACACUUCUAUAGGGGUUUUCAAAAGAAUGUAUGGAGAUGUUAAACGGCGCACUGUAUUCAAAGGAGACCCUAUUUUGAACAUAAACUGGUUGCUUGAUGCAAAUGAUCGAAACGAGAAUUUUGAAUUAGGACUACUAGACUAUAAAGCUGAGUGGAUGAGAAUACUGAACGAUGCAAACAAAGAGAACGAGAAAGAACAAGGAGACGAAGAAGACGAGUGCGUGUUAGUAGUAGGAAAUGAUAGUGCAUCCAUAAAUUCCAGCUCAAUAAGGAUCCCAAUCCUUAUCGCUUCAGUAAAGCAUUUGAAAAUAGUUGCAAGAACUGAAAUCAAUUUGGAUGGACUGACGCUUGUGUGGACAUUAUUCAACCAGCAGUAUAGGAAAGUCACUAAAAUCUCCAGUGCAAUCAGGUUUGGAGCGACUGCAUCCGUUCUAGCUAUUGAGACAGCAGAGAAUACAUUUGUGUUGUUGUUUGAUGGAGUAUUGCUAGUUUGUUCCUUGCAAUCAGGAACGUACGAAGUUAGUGUGGAUUCAAUAAUCGAGCUUUCUCUGAGCAUCAAUUCGGUAGAAUUUGUGGAAAAUGGGCUGUUGUUGUUAAUCUCAACACUGCAAGACGUCAGCGUUUACAACGUUGAUCUGAAGUCUACUCAAAUUUUGUAUCAACCCGUCACAGGUGCUGUUCAAACCGUGGAUUAUAUCGGCAGUGAAGAAAUUGUGAUCGUCACUUCGGAUGGUGAUUGGGUGAAAGUUGAAGAAAUAAGGAAGCUCAAAGCGCAACCUGAAGCUUUAGAACCAGCUGCUCGAACACUCAGCAUAGAAAAGGCAGAAAUAGAGUCAAUCAAAAGAUUGUCGCCUGUGAAGCCUAUUCUAGUGCAAGAACAAGAGAAAGAGGAAACACUACUGAUUGCAGAAGGAAAUACUGAAGCUACCAGGCUACCUAAAUUAGGAUCCAGAUUUAAACGAGGUAGACUAAGCUUGGCCAAUGACAGUCGUGAUGACUUUACUGACACAUUCAAUUUGAAAGGCCCGAAAAGGGCAAGAUAG